AUGUCUGCUCCUCAACCCCUCCGUCUCGUUAUGGCCUGCGACGAGGCCGGUGUCCCCUACCGUGAUGCCCUCAAGGCCGUUCUCGAGAAGAACCCCGGCGUUGCCUCUAUCAUUGACGUCGGUGUCAACACUGCCGACGACAAGACCGCCUACCCCCACCCCGCCGUCGAGGGCGCCAAGCUCAUCAAGGAAGGCAAGGCUGACCGCGGCCUCUUCAUCUGCGGAACCGGUCUCGGUGUCGCAAUCGCUGCCAACAAGGUUCCCGGCAUCCGAGCCGUUACAGCCCACGACCCUUUCUCCGUUGAGCGCGCCAUUUUGAGCAACGACGCCCAGGUUCUCUGCUUCGGCCAGCGUGUCAUCGGCGUUGAGCUCGCCAAGAAGCUCGCCGUUGACUGGCUCCAGUACCGCUUCGACCCCAAGAGUGGCUCUGCCGCCAAGGUCCAGGCUAUCUCCGACUAUGAGACCAAGUUCGCUGGCUCUUCCUAA